AGGGAGGGGCAAAGCAGGGAGCCGGGCUGGGGAGGUGGAGGGGCAUCCGAGAGGGUGCUGGAGGACCUGGGGCCUUUCUCCCUCUCACACUCUGUCUCUGUCCCUCCUCCAGUGGCUCACCCGGGUUCAGGGCGGGGCUCUGGGACAGCCCAGCGGGAAGCCAGGAGGGGGGAAAGCGGCCGCCGCCCGCCCGGGUCCAGGCUGGGUGGAAAGAGAAAGGGGGAGGAAAAGCGAAGGCUGGGGCCGCAGCUCGCAGAUCCGCAGCGCCCUGGAGCCACGGCAGACCGGGCAGGGAGAGCAGCAAUGGGGCUGGAGACAGAGAAGUCGGACGCCCAGAUCUACAUGGACGAGGAUUCCUACAGCCGCAACAGCGGUCCCGACUACCCGGAACCCGAGAAAAGCGUGAAGUCCAUCCAGGACCGCGAUCCACGGGGCCUCAACACGCAUCUGAAGCUGGGCUUUGAGGAUGUGAUUGCGGAGCCGGAGUCCGCCCACAGUUUUGAUAAAGUUUGGAUCUGCAGCCAUGCCCUCUUUGAAAUCAGCAAGUACCUGAUCUACAAGGUCCUAACUGUGCUCCUGGCUAUCCCAUUGGCCUUUGUGGCAGGAAUUUUCUUUGCAACUCUCAGCUGCCUGCACAUCUGGUUUGUGGUGCCUUUUGUAAAGACCUGUUUAAUGGUCCUCCCAUCAGUGCAGACAGUAUGGAAGAGCAUUACAGAUGUUCUCAUUGCUCCUGUGUGUAAAAGCAUGGGACUCAUCUUUUCUUCAGUCAGCCUGAGACUAGGUUCAGAGUGAAUGAUAUGGACCCUGCUGCUGGAAACCUCAUAUACUGUAAUACUUUAGGUUGCUGUAACAUAGAAGCACUACUGUUCAUUUCCAAACUGUUCUAUUUAAGAUGAUUGUUUAUUUUUUAAAGGGGAACAAAUGUAUUUGGGACUUUAAAAAUUGAAAUUAAUUUCUUCCUGGGUAAUAGUUUCACAAUUUAUUAUCCAUGUAGGUCAUAUCCAACAUUUUAUCCCAGAGUUAUGGAAAUAGUUGGAAACAUCUAAUUUUAAUGGCAUACAAUUUUUGUCUUAGGACAGAAGUUUACCUUUUCUGACAAUCAUUAAUUUGAACCAUAUAGUUGAAAUAUUUAGGUAUAUAUUUCUCAAAAAGUCAUGGCAGUGAGAGAGAGACACUAUGAACAAUGUAGAAACUACAGAAGCACAAGCAGGGAGUGACAUAUUCUACAAUAACGUGAGAACAUGUAAAUGUGAAAAACAGAUCCGUGAAAAGGAUGAGAGGGAGUACGGUGUGGUGGAGUGGAAUAUGCACCUCAGGUAGACCUGUGUUCAAAGUUGCCUCCACUGUUUGCUACCCAAGUAACUUUGGGCAAGACACUGACCCUCUCUGAGCCUCUACAUCCUCAUCAAAAUAUGAGAAUUGCAUUAGAUGAUCUCUAAUGCCUCUUUAAGCUGUCAUAUGAUCCUAUAAUUACAUCCCUUCAAAUAAAUUAUUAUCUGAUUUGGAGGAUUAUUCUUUAACCUGCUGCCCUAUUUAAGAAGUUCUAUUUUGUUGUAUAUUUUGUACUUAAUGUAAAUGUUGCGCUAUCAAUUUUCCAUAAAGCACUUUGAUUGUUUUUUGUAAUCUUAUAGAGUUAUUAAGCCAAAUGGAGUCAUCCACAUGUGAAUCACACACAAAAAGGAAAGAAAUUUAGAUGAGGGAGAUUGCACUGAAAUGAUUAUAUAAAGCAUAUUUUUUUUUCUUUAAGAAUUUAAUGUAAAAAGGUUGGCAUAAAAUGCUUUCUUAUUGGACAAUGUAGAUAAAAGAGCCUGAAGUAUGUCUUAUGAAUAAUGCUUAUAGUAAAUACAGAUUGCAGUAAGCCCUACCUAAUCAUUAUGAGUCAUGAUAGAAUAUUUAAAAUAAUCUAUGCCCAGAUGAUACUUCCUCUCUUGUAUUCAGUCGCUAAAAAAGCGCUUUCUCUUUUGUGUUCAAACACAAAACUUAUAUUUGACAUUCCUAUUCCCUAUUCAUUUUUCCUUUAAGUGACUAUGGUGCUGUUUGAUGUAGUUUUGUUUUGCUGAAAAUUUACCAUAAAAAAGUAAUUUCUACUGCACUUAAUGAUUGCUGCAUUUCUUCUUUGACCAGAGUGACACAUAUAUACAGUAGUGCACAGGGUUACAUGGAUUGUCUACUGAAGUAUGUGCUGGUGAGCUUCAUAUGCAGAUAAGCAAGUUACAACAAUGAGUUUUUUUGUGAUAUGUAAUGCAAAGUGGAACAAGGACCCAUUUGCUGGCACAGUAAAUAGGGUGCUGGAUCUGGAGUCAGAACGACCCGAGUUCAAAUCUAACUCUAACACCUACCAGCUAUGCGACUUUGGACAGGUCACUCUGCCUCAGUUUCCUCAACUAUAAAAUGGGGAUAAUAACCACCUACCUCGCAGGGUUUUUGCGAGGAUAUAAUUUUUGUAAAGUGCUUAGCAUAGAGCCUGGCACGUAGUAGGCACUAUAUAAAUGCUUAUUCCCUUCCCCUUUAUCACUUGGGAACCAGGUAGCUCAACUUUAAUGCUAAAGUUUGGAGGGGAAAUACUUUCAUUCCAAAAUGACAGGCAUAUUGGAAGCAUGUGUAACUAUAAUAAUGUGACUGAUUUUCUGAUUAAAAGCAAAAAAGCAGAGCCUGUGUAAGGAGGUCACUACAGUACGUAGUCUCUUCUUUAGGACAGUAGCCUUGACUUUUUUCAUUUCAAGGCUCCAAAGGGUGUCCCAGAAAUUUUAGUGCAGUUUUCAGUUUUAAUGGCUUAAAACUGCAGUAAGACCUCUGGAAUACAUUGUAUUUUUCUUGUUCUUUUUUAAGGUAAGGCAACAUAGAUAGAGAGUUGGCCUUGAAGUCGGGAAGACCCUAAGUUCAUGUCUUGCCUAAGACAGAUAUCUGGAUGUGUGAUCUUAGGCAAGUUAUGUAACCUCUGUUUCUUGAGAAACUCUCUAAGACUUUUAAGUUGCAGGGUAUUUGCUGAUCUGUAUUAGUCAAGAGGGUGUUUCCAUAUUGGAGAACUCUUUACACUAAUGGAAUCACAGAUAGAAACAAUUUUUUU